CAAACCAGGCUAUCAAGGGGGUGAAGGAUGAGGAGGAUCCAGUGAAGAUGAAUGUUUAUCUGUUGGUGGUAGCCUUUGGUUAUGUAUUUCUUUUGCCUACAUUUUUCUGUUUUUUUCUCUUUUUGUUUUGUGUGUGUGGAUUAUAAUUCAAGUAGAUGGAGUGCAAAACCAAUGACUUAAGUUGCUUUAUUUAGCUCUCGGCGUUAUGAAUGACGCUAUCUCGCCAGAGAUUCUCAAAAAAAUGGAGGAGUUGAUCGGCGGUGUUGAAGAGGAGAGAAAAGGUUGGUCGGCUGAAAUGGGGAUUUAGGUUGUUUUUGAUUUUUCAAGCAAUACAUUGCUUAAACUGUG